CAUAGAAAUUCUUGUAAUAGUAAUAGAUCUGCGAGGACUCCAAAACUCAAAAAUUUAAAAAAAAUCGAAUUUGAAUGUGAUCAUAAAUAUGAGAUGAAUUUUUUAGCUUUAUUAAUUAAGAAUACUCGAAAUUUAAGAAAAGUUAUAAUUGAAGGUUCAAGAAUAGAAGAUCCAUCUAAUUGUAAUUUAUUAUUGGAUUCUAUUAUAACUUGUUGUCCUCUUUUAAAAAAUUGUUCAAUCCCAAUUUCAACGAUUAAUCCUCCUUUAAUUACUCUACUCAAAUCUUGUAAGGAUAUUCAGAGAUUAUGUCUUUUUUCCAUCCCUUCAGAAAAUCAAAUUAAUAUUAAUUAUUGUGAUAAUUUUUUGCUUCAGAUAUUAAAAUUUGAAGAAAAUAAUCCCACCAAUUUACAUGCUCUUGAAUUAAUUAAUUGUAGUUUUUCUGUUGAAGUAUGGGAGAAAUUUUUAUGUAAAACAUAUGAAAAAAAUGAAUCAAAUAAAAUAAGAAAAUCUGUUUCUUAUUUAUGGAUGGAACAUAAUUUUCAACCUUCUAAAGAAUUUAUAGAGAAAUGUUCUAUAUAUAAAAGUUUGGGUAUAUUAAAAACUUAUGGAAAUAUUACUUUGUACAAAUCUGGAUUAUCACCACAAUUUUAUAUGAGGUUAGAUUAAAUUAAUGUGUUAUAAUAAUUAGAUUAAGACAAAUAGAAAAAUAGAUAUAUUUAUUUUAAUAAGAAAUUUAAUUUAAUAUUCAGAUAUAUUUUUAGAAUUUCGAUUUUCGAUUUAUAAUAAUAUAGAUCAAUAAUAUAGAUUUAUUAAAAAAAUUGUAUAUAAUUUUUUUUUUUUAGUUAAUUUUCUUUUAAGCUAAU